AUGGAAUUCGUUCUAGAAACACUGCUAAAAGACGCUUCCAGAAACGAAGUACCGCCGGCAAAACGGCGAGCAGCACUGACGAAGGCGUAUGACUUACUGAGUCGGAUAGAUAAAGAACUCAUUGCUCUUAAUGCGCGAAACACUCCAUCUGAAAACGAUAGUGAGCAAUCGGAUACAGAUGUCGAAACGAAAUCAACAAACGGAAUCGCCGUGGCGGUUGCGGGCGCGUCGUCCAAGGCGUCCAUCGAUACCGGACUACACUCACCUUCCGGGGGGCGAUCCAAGAGUACUUUGAACGGUGGGAUCACAACUUCGAGAGCUGCGAGCCCUUCUGAUUUGAGAAGUAGUGGGGAAAAAUCAGCGCCGGCGAUACUUGAUGGCCCCGUUGCUGCUACAAAUGUUCCAUCUACGACGAAAGCCACCACCUCCAGUUCUGGGUCGGGACUGUUGGCUACAACGUCGUCGGAAAAGGCACCUUCUGACGUAAACAUCGCCGUUGUAGCCAAGAAAUCAUCAACGAGAUGGGGCGAGCCCCUUUCAAAGAAGAUAUCUGCAGGCCGGAAUGGUGCACAUCAUGAAGUGGUCGAGGCAAAUUAUCCCUCUGCUGUACCAAAUAAUGACGCACCGAAACCUCUACAUGAAUCUUCUGCAAGAAUACAAACUGAUGGUAAACCGAGAUCUGAACAUCUGGAAAAUGAAUCUCUUCAUCUGCCGGGGUCAGCUUUAAGGGUAGAUCCGAUAGCAACAGGGGACGAAGCGACGAGACCAGCAAGCCCCGUUCAGACUUCCAAACAUUCAUGUCGUACCAGCCUACCUCCGUUCAUUCCAGAAACAACAAGUAAGCGCGCUACCAGCGGUGGUCCUUCUUCAGUGCUCUUGGACAAUACAUGUAGGUUGGCAUCACGUGAUUCGGACAAAGAACAACGUCCUACGUUGGCAGAAAAGGGAGGCCAAAACAUUGGCGUGCUUGUCUCUAGCAGUACUGUCACAGCGAAGAACGUACAGAACCCCAAACACAAGGUGGAUUUGGAUGAAUCCGGCUCAUCUAGUAAACUUUCUAGUAAAGGAAUUCAACGACCUCAAAGAGAUCUGUCUCUACGAUGGGAACCGCCGAAACGGAGAUCUUUUGAAGUCGAAAGGAGCGCAUCGAACGAUACAUUUGAUCGACAAACCAGGAAUCGCGAAUCGCAUUUGAAUGAAAGAAUGGAUGACGCCAUAUCCCAGAAGGAUGUGACAGCUAAUUUUUACAAUGAACAACGCUCUAAGCAAGAAAGAGUGAGACAAGACGCGAACUCGAUUUUUCAAUCCAAUAGAAAGCCGCUGGUGAACGAUGUUUGGAUCAAUUCCGGCGUUCCAAGUCAUGCAGUAACAGUCAAAAUGGCCGCUGACAGAAGUCCAACGUUUUCAGGGUCUUUGUCUGAAAGAGGGGAAAUAAACUUGAAACUCAAACUGGAUCCCUUACCAACAAGCAUAUCCAAAAGCCUACCGGUCCGACUGAAAAAAUGGGAUCCUUUUUUUACUUUCGCGGGGCCUUGCAGAUGCACGUUGACGGUGCCUGCAGGCAGCACAGAUGCAACUAAAACAGGAUCAUCCUUGAGAAUCAAUCUCAACACACCUAUGUACCAAGAAUUCAUCAGAAAAAUUCAGCCCGAAAUGUGGGGAAAACCUCGCCAGGGUGCUUUGAAAUGGAAGAAGGGAGAUUGGGGAUUAAUGUUACGCGCUCUUCCCUUAUCAAGGACCUCAAAAAAUCGAGCUGAUUGCCACUUAUGGCCUAAGGGAACUUUUCUGCAACUUAACGGAAAGCCACUGCGAUUGGCUCAAAGGCAGCAGCAGAGUCAUGAUAAGUCUCUAUGGAAGAAUCAAUGCACGCAGUUAGACUUGACUGAACAUGUAUCUAUGUCUGACCCGAAUGUUUCGAUUGAGAUAUGUUGCUAUGAUGAAGAACCGUUUAUCUUAAUGGUGGGGUUUUGCAGAUAUGAAUCUGCCGAUUCGAUAUUCUCCACGAUACGAAACCCAAAUAACGGGCUACUGAACCGAGUCACUGUAAAAGAAGGGAUGCAGCGAGCCAUUCAAAGAGCAUCUGGACAGAUGCACAUUAUUGAUGGGAGCGAUGGUGAGAAGGUAGAAGAAGUAGGCAAGUUUGUUUUCAGCUUGACUUGCCCUAUUUCCAAGGCUUUAAUGAACUCUCCUGUUAGAGGAAGGUCAUGCAAACACUGGCAGUGUUUUGAUUUGAAGACAUACUUGGAUGCAAAUCAAAGAGUCACGGGCAGCCGUUGGCGUUGUGCUUCAUGCGAGUUGUUUGUGCCAUAUGAUGAGCUCGAAGUGUGUGAGUUUACGCUAGCCGCGUUGCAGCGAUACAGAAAUGAAGCAUCCACGGCCGAGAUCGCAUAG